CCCCGGUUAUCCACGUGUAAUUGUAUGAUGACAACAAUGAGGAUUCCAGCCUAGCUCUUUGCUGUUUUUUAUAUGUUAGCUUCUGUCAAGAUGUUCUAUUUUCACCAUUUACGUUCUGCGUUAAUUCUGGUGGUAUUGUUGUACAUUUGCACAACUUCUGGGGACGACACAGGGAAAUUGAAGACAGCCCAAGCCGGAGAUGCAGCCAAGCCAACCGAAGGCCAAGCAGACGAUGAGAGUGGCGAUAUUGUCACUGGGAAGAUCUCCUCUUUUGACAGAUUCAAGAAGCUGUUUGCAGAACACCGAUCACUUCAACUGAAUGCCAUCAAAUCCCUGCAGCAUUUCGCAGACAAUGUACAGCGCCACAAGCUGGUGGAGAUCAUGCUGCAGCAACUGUUCAUAACUCUGGCACAGGCAAGGGUGAACAUCACUCAGUGGGGGGUGCUGCCCGGAGACCCCUUCCCGGAGGAGGAAUCCAAGCAGGAAUCUGUGUCGAAGAUCUACGAGAACACGGCCAUGUUUGGUGACAUGGUCCUCCGUCUGCCGGAUGUUGUGCACCCUAUGUACGACAAGAACCGAGAGUGGCAGAUGACCCUCAACUGGUCUGUGAUGUUCUGUAACAUGUCGCUGUUGUUCGAAGGAUCGAGCGGAACUCUACUCAACUUGAUGGCACAGGAAGUGAACAUCCUGCCUCGAUCUCCAGAAUAUGUCAACCCUUUCAAGACAGUCGACCCGAAGGAGCAGAAGAAAUUUACAGAAGCAAUGAAAAAGCAAUUGAAGCCCAAAAAGAAGAAAAAGAUUGCUCGGGGCCCUCGUAUGUCUCACACGGAGCUGUAGGGCAUGCACUGCGGGGAGCUUGGGCCAGCCAAUCAAAACCAAGCAGGCAAAGAAGCCCCACCUCCAUUUGUUAUCCUGAAACAAGGAUUUUGAUGUGAAGAUUUGUGGAAGAUGUUUUUCUUUGGUGCUUGAUGAGUGAAAGUCACUGAACAGUGAAGUCUUGAUCAUUAAUCGGUUGUAAUAUUAACUUUUUUGGGGUGAUAACAAAAAAUGGUGUGGAUAUCACGUAUACAUCAAUGAAAUAAUAUUGGUGCUGACAAGUGGCUUGUUAUCUACUGAUUGCUAUUAUCAACAACAAGUUCUAUAAAGCCAGUCAAAUAAAUAGGUAUAUUUCCCGUGUCAGUCCACUACCACUAAAUGCCAGCAGCUGCCUACCACAGGGUAUCAUGUGUCAGCGUGACAGAAACAAUCACUGACAGGGACCGGUCAUAUAUUCAGGUCAAGUCACAGGUCCAGGUGCACUAAAGUACUCAAAAUAAUGACACCUCCCUAAUAUUUGUCAUAAAUUUGGAAGACCUCCUCACGUCCAUGUACAAAAACUCUGUAAAGACAUAAUGAAAAAAGCAACACUUUAUAUUUUGUUAUAAACAGUCCAAUAUAUCAUGAUCCACUAUAAAUAUGUGUAAUAUAAACUGUAUAUCCCCCCAAGAGACUCUGAUUUUCUGUUCUUCUACCUCCACACCUCAAUACGUGACCUGUCCCUUAUUAUCUGGUAAUGAUGCCCAUAUGAAUAAUUUAGACUAUAAACUGUCACACAUAAGAGUGACAUGGAAUUCACCUUCCUCAACGCUUGGCUUUCCACAUUAUUUCACUGACAGUAUAGGUAUAGAUACCUCAGAGUUACUGGCUGCCAGGCUUGCAGGUGCUUGUUGUACCUUGACAAUCUCCAACUUAUGGUCUAUACAUGACCCUCCCAUUGCAUGUUUAUGAUGGUGUCAGACUGUUGUGUGGAGGGAUGUCCAGCUGUUGUGGUCAGCUCAGAUUCUACAUUGUGGCAUAAUAUUCUGUAGUUGCACGCCACUGUUCAAUACUGUUUUGUCAAGGGUAGUUUCAGAGGAAAAGUUCCGAUAUCUCGAGUCUCCUCACACCAAAUUAUGUAUGAGUACAGGAUUCUAGGAAGCCUUUUGACCUCUUCUUUGAUCUUUAAGGCAAAUGGAAAGACUAAAAUAAAGAGAUGAAUGGCAUUGCCUAACCUUCAGAUUAAUUUUGCGGAUAGUGUUUCACAGGGGAAUGUUGAUGCGAUUAAUGAGGUUGCCUGUGGCGAGAUAGAGUUAGUGAGUAUCCUAUUGUUAUCUUGUUAUUGUUAUACUUCACUUCCGACCUCAUUGUCCUUGUAUUUACUCCAAGUAGUUUAUCUCUUUUAUAGCAAUGUUCUGUAUUUUAUUCCUUACAUUUGUCUGCAACUUCAUAAAUUGACUGUGACAUGUUGACUUGUUAACUGUGUGUCUGUGACAUGUUGACUUGUUAGCGGUGAGUCUGUGACAAGAUGACUUGUUAACUGUGUGUCUGUGACAUGUUGACUUGUUAGAUGUGAGUCUGUGACAUGUUGACUUGUUAGCUGUAUCUGGGACAUGUUGACUUGUUAGCUGUGUGUGUGACAUGUUGACUUGUUAGCUGUGUGUCUGUGACAUGUUGACUUCUUAGCUGUGUGUCUGUGACAUGUUGACUUGUCAGCUGUGUGUCUGUGACAUGUUGACUUGUCAGCUGUGUGUCUGUGACAUGUUGACUUGUUAGCUGUGUGUCUGUGACAUGUUGACUUGUUAGCUGUGAGUCUGUGACAUGUUGACUUGUCAGCUGUGAGUCUGUGACACGUUGACUUGUUAGCUGUGUGUCUGUGACAUGUUAACUUGUUAACUGUGAGU